AUGAAAAUCGACAAAGCGCCGUGUAGUGUGUGCGGAGAGGUGGGGAACGGCAUACAUUUCGGCGCGGAAGCUUGCCGCGCGUGCGCCGCCUUCUUCCGCCGCUCCGUAGCGCUCAGCAAAACGUAUCGGUGUCGCGGAAACAAUGCGUGUGAGAUUGUGUCGAGUGAGUUGGGGCUUCCGGAAGCUUCCGCCUCCGGAAAAUAACCUCCGAUUUUCUUUCAGCUGUCCGAUGUAUGUGUCGAAGUUGUCGAUUCGCGAAAUGCCAGAAGGUCGGGAUGCGGAAGGAGGCGGUGCAGAAGUUCAGGGAUGCGUAUGGGAAACGCGGAUCGGAUGUGGAAUCGCCGAGCACUUCGGUGGUGAGUUAGGGUGCGGAAGCUUUCCGGAGGCUUCCGGAAGCUUCUGGAGGGUUCGAGAGGCUUCCCGAGGCUUCCCAGGCCCUCUAAAGCCCCCUAAAGCCCCCCAAGCCCCCUAAAUCUUCCAGCAAGUCACCCAAUCGCAAUCCUCACCAUGCGGAAGUGUUUCCGAAGACACGGGCGGUAUGCCGGUCCUGACAAUCCUCCAGAAUAACUACGCACGCCUUCAAAGCGUGCGGCGAAUUGUGCAUCACACGGAAACCGACGAUAGCGUGUUUACGGUGGGUUACUGUAGCCUGGGAGUACUGUAGAAUUUUUUGCGGGCGCCAAAAAUUGUUCUGUCAACUGGUGACCCAGGCAGGGGUACAUACAAUUUUUGGGGCGGGAAAAAAAAUUUGAAUUCAAAUUUUUUCCCGCCCUACCGUAUCCAUGCUCGGAGCCGCCAGUUAGCAGAACUUUUUUUUUCACAUGCCACGUGGAAUUUUUAAUACAGUGUAGUUUAGUAGUAGAGAAAAAAAAUGAUUUUUUUUGGGCCCAACAAAAAAUUGUGUGUGUGUUGUAUAAUAUGAGUCAUGCGGCGUCGCUAGUCAUAAAAAAUGACGAAUUAUUGAUUUGUUUUUUUUGGGCACCGUGCCAAAAUUUGAAAAAAACACACCUUUUUAACCUUAGGAGCUUAAAAAUUGCCUUAAAAUUGGAUUUUUGGCCUUAGGAGCUUAAAAAUGACCUAAAGACCAUAUUUUUGACCUUAUGAGCUUUGAAAAUAGCCUUAAAAUCGGAUUUUUGAGCUUAGGAGCUUGCAAAUUGCCUCAAAAUCGAAUUUUCGAGCUUAGCAGCUCAAAAAUGACUUAAAGACCUUAUGUUUGACCUUAGAAGCUCAAAAAUGACCUAAAGACCGUGUUUUUGAGCUUAGGAGCUUAAGAAUAGCCUUAAAAUCAUAUUUUUGAGGUCAGAAUCUUGCAUACGACCUUAAAAUCUUAUGUUUGACAUUAGUAGCUUAAAAAUAGCCUUAAAACCGUAUUUUUGACCUUAGAAACUUGAAUACAGCCUAAAAAUCGUAUUUUAUGAAUCUAGGAGCUUGGAAAUCACCUAAGAUUGCAUUUUUGACCCUAGGAGCCUUAAAAUGACCUAAAGACCGUAUUUUCGAGGUUAGCUGCUUAAAAAUGACCUUAAAAUCGAUUUUUUGAGGUUGGGAACUUCAAUAAUGGCCUAAAAAUCAUAUUUUUUACAUUAGGAGCUUAAAAAUUACCUGAAGACCGUAUUUUUGAGCUCAGGAGCUAUAAAAAUGACCUAAAGAUCAGAGUUCCGAAUUUAUCGAGCUUUGAAACCCAUAGAAACUGAAACCUUUGUAGGUUUCGGUUUCAUACGGUUUCGGUUUCGUUUGCAAGGGUUUCGAAACCCUUGGCAAAGGGUUUCGGUUUCAUACCUCUAGGCUCGAAACCCUUGAACGAAACCUUUCGAAACCUUUUGAAACCUUAUGAAACCCAUUUUUGAAAUUGAAUCAGUGAAGCUGAACUUGAUGUAAAUUGUCUGAAAAUCGGUUUUUGAGUAGGGUAAAGCUUGAAUUUCAGCGUCUGCUAACAUUUUAAGCUUAAGCUUCAUCCCAGAAGCUGUUAUCAGUGAUUAUCAGUGAAAUUUCAAAAUUAUCAGAUUCAGCUGGGAUUUGGAGGAAAUGAUGUUUGGUGAUAGUAGAUGACAUUUUUGAUAAGUUUAGAGCUCCAGCUUCAUCUCAGAAGCUCUUAUCACUCCUUAUCACUAAAUUAUCAAUAUGCUCAGAUUGAGCUCAAACUUGCAGAAAAUGAUGUCUGGAGUUAGUAGAGAAUAUUUUUGAUAAGUUUAUACAUCAAGCUUCAUCUCAAAAGCUCUUAUCACCUGUUAUCACUAAAUUAUCAAUAUCAUCUGAUAAGGCCGAAAAUCGGCAUUUUUGGGUUUUCGAGUAUGGGGAAUCGUGUGCUGAUAAUCAUUUUGUCUGAAAACCACUUUUAAAGGACCCCAUCACUCAAAAAAAAUUUUUUGGAAAAAUUAUGUUUUGGGGUUUUUCGGUACGGGGAGUCAUGUGGGGUUGAUCAAUCGACUCAAAACUCGUUUUUAAAGGCAGUAAUCAUGAAAAAAUUAUUUUUUUUGAAAUUUGAAGAUUAGUGGUUUUUCGAUACGAGGAACAUCGUGGUGAGACCCGUUUGGCCUAAAAAUGACUUUUAAAGGCACAUUCUGACCAAAAAAUAUUUUUUUAUGGAAACUAGGUUUUUUGAUAUGCUGGACAUUGUGCCGACAUUGAUUUAGCUCAAAAACGAUUUUUAAAGGCAUAUAUCAGGUUAUAAUUUUUUUUUGAGUUUUUCACUAAAGAAGUUGAAAUAAAAACAAACGGUUUCGAAAUUAUCAGACAAUAUUGAAAAAUAAUUGAUUUGUGACCGUUUAUAAGAAAAAACUCAAAAAAAAAAUUAUAACCUGAUAUAUGCCUUUAAAAAUCGUUUUUGAGCUAAAUCAAUGUCGGCACAAUGUCCAGCAUAUCAAAAAACCUAGUUUCCAUAAAAAAAUAUUUUUUGGUCAGAAUGUGCCUUUAAAAGUCAUUUUUAGGCCAAACGGGUCUCACCACGAUGUUCCUCGUAUCGAAAAACCACUAAUCUUCAAAUUUCAAAAAAAAUAAUUUUUUCAUGAUUACUGCCUUUAAAAACGAGUUUUGAGUCGAUUGAUCAACCCCACAUGACUCCCCGUACCGAAAAACCCCAAAACAUAAUUUUUCCAAAAAUUUUUUUUUUGAGUGAUGGGGUCCUUUAAAAGUGGUUUUCAGACAAAAUGAUUAUCAGCACACGAUUCCCCAUACUCGAAAACCCAAAAAUGCCGAUUUUCGGCCUUAUCAGAUGAUAUUGAUAAUUUAGUGAUAACAGGUGAUAAGAGCUUUUGAGAUGAAGCUUGAUGUAUAAACUUAUCAAAAAUAUUCUCUACUAACUCCAGACAUCAUUUUCUGCAAGUUUGAGCUCAAUCUGAGCAUAUUGAUAAUUUAGUGAUAAGGAGUGAUAAGAGCUUCUGAGAUGAAGCUGGAGCUCUAAACUUAUCAAAAAUGUCAUCUACUAUCACCAAACAUCAUUUCCUCCAAAUCCCAGCUGAAUCUGAUAAUUUUGAAAUUUCACUGAUAAUCACUGAUAACAGCUUCUGGGAUGAAGCUUAAGCUUAAAAUGUUAGCAGACGCUGAAAUUCAAGCUUUACCCUACUCAAAAACCGAUUUUCAGACAAUUUACAUCAAGUUCAGCUUCACUGAUUCAAUUUCAAAAAUGGGUUUCAUAAGGUUUCAAAAGGUUUCGAAAGGUUUCGUUCAAGGGUUUCGAGCCUAGAGGUAUGAAACCGAAACCCUUUGCCAAGGGUUUCGAAACCCUUGCAAACGAAACCGAAACCGUAUGAAACCCAAAGUUUCGCGAAACAUUGUUUCGGUUUCUAUAGGUUUCGAAACCUGGGUUUCGAAACUCGGAACUCUGCUAAAGAUCAUAUUUUUGAGCCUAGGAGCUUAAAAAUGACCUUAAAAUCGCAUUUUUGACCUUAAGAGCUUAAAAAUGACCCAAAUUCCGUAUUUUUAAGGUUAGGAACUUGAAAAUAGCCUUAAAAUUGGAUUUUUAACCUUAGGAGCCUUAAAAUCGGUUUUUUUGACCUUAGCAGCUUAAAAAUAGCCUUAGAAUUGGAUUUUUGACCUUAGGAGCUCUAAAAAUGACUUAAAGACCGUAUUUUUGAGCUCAGGAGCUAUAAAAAUGAUCUAAAAUUUGCAUUUUAAACUUAGGAGCUUGAAAAUAGCCCAAAAUCGGAUUUUUCACCUUACAAUUAGGUCAUCCCUCUGUGUCUCUAACCCCGCCUAGCUUCUCUGCACUCUCUAAAAAAUCUAUGCUCACUAGCCCUCUAGCAUCUCUAACAUUUCUGCAAUCCCUCUGCGUCUCUAGCUUUUCUCCACUCUCUGAAAACCCCAUGUUCUCUAGGUGUCUAGCCCCAAGCCCAGGCCUAUUUAGGCUCAAAAAAUCUGGAAUUUUGCAGACUCGUCAAGCCAAACCCGUCACCUACAAAGAGGCGAAUCGUGUAAAUUCGAAAGAGUGCGAUUUGGUGGCCGAUUGGAUCAUCAACUCCUAUCCGGGAUUCAAUGAUUUGCCGCGCGAUCAGAAGAAGAUUUUGUUUCGCAAUUUUUUUCUGCCGUUUGUGAUUUUGGAGGGCGGACAUUUUGCGUGUAUUCACAGUGAGUUUUUGAUUUUUUGAGUGCGGAAGCUUGCGCGAAGCGCCGCGGAAUCUUCCGCGCAGCGGCACGAGCGGAGCGAGUGUAGUUCCCUCUGCGUCUCUAACCUGCUAGCUUCUCUGCAUAGGGAAUAUAGGGUUUUUGGAGAGUGCAGAGAAGCUAGAGGGCUAGAGACGCAGAGGGAAAUACACUCGCUUCGCUCGAGCCGCUUACGCGGAAGAUUCCGGGGCGCUUCGCGCUAGGCAGCUAGAGAGCAUGCGUUUUUAGAGAGUGCAGAGAAGCUAGAGGGCUAGAGACGCAGAGAAACAGUACUUCUUUGCCACGUGGCAAAGAGGGAAAUUUUAAAUUUUCAUUUCUGAAAUUCCACGUGGCAGAAUUGAAAUUCAGAAAAAAAUUUGAAAUCAAAGUUUUCGCGCUAAAAAUUGCAGUAAAUUUUCACAAGUCCAAAAAAAAAAGAUUUUCGGAAAAAAAUGAAAAUGUGAUCUACAGUACCCUCCGGAAUCCACGUGUAUAUCCCUCUGCGUCUCUAACUCUCUAGCUUCUCUGCACUCUCUAUAAAACCACAUGAUCUCUAGAUGUCUAGCUUGCGCGAAGCGCCCCGGGAUCUUCCGCGUAGCGGCUCGAGCGAAGCGAGUGUAAAUCCCUCUGCGUCUCUAACCCUCUAGCUUCUCUGCACUCUCUAAAAAAUCUAUGCUCUCUAGCCCUCUAGCAUCUCUAAGAUCUGUGCAAUUCCUCUGCGUCUCUAGCCGCCUAGCUUCUCUGCGUCUCUGAUUCUUCAGUGUUCUCUAGCCCUCUAGCAUCUCUAACAUCCCUGCAAUCCCUCUGCGUCUCUAACCUUCUAAUUUCUCUGCACUCUCUGAAACCCCAUUCUCUCUAGGUGUCUAGCUUCCGCAAGCUUGCGCGAAGCGCCCCGGAAUCUUCCGCGCAAGCGGCUCGAGCGGAGCGAGUGUAGUUCCCUCUGCGUCCCUAACCCUUUAGCAUCUCUGCGAGUAUAAAUCCCAGGCUUACCCCCAAGCCUAAGGUCUACCCUAGCCUUAUCCGGGCUCAAAAUGCUCCAAAUUUCACGGCCCAAACGCCCAAAACCUCCAUUUUGCAGACCGAAACGACAUCAUAAUCCUAGCCUCCGGCGACUACAUCGACUGCAAUCGUCCCGAAACCUUCUACUACGAUCCCGAAGGUUCUCAACUAAUGUCAUCCGAAGAUGCCGUCCGAAUGUUCGCCUCGAGUUUCUCGAAUUACCGCCGAAAUGUGACGGAUCCGAUGUUGCGCGACGCUGUCGAUGAGCACGAAUUUUUUGCGCUGUGCAGUCUGGUGCUCUUCGACACCGGGCUCGAAGGACAAUCGGAGCAAUGUAUUAAUUUGGCACGCAAAAUUCGGGAGAUUGUGCAGAAGGAAAUUUUGUAUUAUUAUCGCAGUGUACGGUGUGUUCAAGAUCCAUCGAUGAGAUUGGCUAACUUGUUGUCUUUGCUACCGGCUUUGCAGGUACUGUAGGGGGUACUGUAGAUUUUUCGGGGCUGAAAAUGAUGCAUUUUGAUACCAAACAUGCCUAGGAUUACUGUAGCUCUAGUUUUCCCGCCAAAAAAUUAUGCAUUUUGAUACCAAACAUGCCUAGGGGUACUGUAGAUUAAAAAUAAUGACACGUGGAUUUCUUGUGGUUACUGUAGCUCUAGUUUUCCCGCCAAAAAAUGAACUUUCAUCAUUUUUUUUCCCAAAGUACGCAGCCAAAUCCGAUUUAAGCCUAAGCUUAAGCCUAAGCCUAACUAAGCUAAAGAAAAAGUGCAAGAAAACGUCUAGCUAAUUUGGCUGCGUACCUGAGAGACAUUAGAUACUCAGUCAAGAAAAAUUGGAAAAAAAACAGGUACAAGAUACGCAGCCAAAUUUGCGAUGUACCUAAAUUUUCAAAAUUUCUAUACUUCAACAUGUUACCAUUUGAUACUCAGUUAAGUACGCAGCCAAAUGUAAUGUUUUUCAUUUGGCUGCGUAUCUGAGAAGCAUUAGAUACUCAGUUAAGAAAAAUUGUAAAAAAACAGGUACAAGAUACGCAGCCAAAUUUGUGAUCUACCUAAAUUUUCAAAAUUUCUAUACUUCAACAUGUUACCAUUUGAUACUCAGUUAAGUACGCAGCCAAAUGUAAUGUUUUUCAUUUGGCUGCGUAUCUGAGAAGCAUUAGAUACUCAGUUAAGAAAAAUUGUAAAAAAACAGGUACAAGAUACGCAGCCAAAUUUGUGAUCUACCUAAAUUUUUAACAUUUCUUAUAGUUUGAACAUUUGAUACUCAGUUAAGUACGCAGCCAAAUGUAAUGUUUUUCAUUUGGCUGCGUACCUGAGAGACAUUGGAUACUCAGUCAACUCCAUUUUUUAUGAUCAAUUUGGCUGCGUACCAUUAGAUACUCAGUCAACUCCCCCAAUUUUGUUUACAGCGUGCAACACGUCGUUUCCAAGAAGACGUCGAGAUCAGCCACGUGUUCAACGUGUAUUCGGUGGACGAGAAAUUCUAUGAGAUUUGCAACGGCCGUUUUUAA